AUGGUCCAAACUACCGCCUCCGUCGGGGAGGGCACAGACAAUGGAAAUGUCCAAGAAACGAUAAGCCACGCGGUCCACGAGAACGCAGGACCCCCGGCGCCGGACGAACACAGCGACAACUUGCACUCAGCCGGCUCCGACCUCGGACAGCUCGCGUCUGCGUCAGCCGACGGCACGGUGAAGCUCUGGGAUCCGGCGACACACCAGUGCAGCGCAACUCUCGAGGGCCACGGCGGAUCGGUCUUCUCCGUCGUCUGGUCGCCCGACGGAACCCAGCUUGCGUCGGGAUCGGCGGACAGGACCAUCAAGAUUUGGAAUCCGGCCACCGGCCAGUGUACAGCAACCCUGGAGAGCCAUGCAGGCUCGGUCUUGUCAGUGGCGUGGUCCCCCGAUGGGACCCAGCUUGCGUCGGGAUCGCGCGACGGGCCAAUUGAGAUCUGGGACCUAGCGACUGCCCAGUGUGUCGCAACGCUUAAGGGCCAUGACAGCGCGGUCCUUUCGGUAUCUUGGUCGUCCAAUGGAUGGGAGCUCGUAUCAGGGUCAGAAGAUCAAACAAUCAGGACUUGGGAUAUGACAAACACCUGGUGUACAAUGAUUCUUGAGGCCUUCAGAGAGUUGGUCUUGUCAGUCGCGUGGUCGCCCGAUGGAUAUAAAAUUGCGUCAGGACCGGAUGACACGAUUAUAAAAAUAUGGGGCGAGGACUACAGGAGUUCACUGACUCUCGAGGGCCAUACACGCUCAGUUGGGUCAGUAGCAUGGUCGCCCGAUGGAGCUCGUCUCGCGUCAGGCUCAGAUGAUCGGACUGUUAAGGUCUGGGAUCUUUGGGAUCUGGACCAUGGUGAGUGUACAACGACGCUUUUGGGGCAUGACAAGUUCGUCCAGUCGGUAGCCUGGUCGCCCAAUGGAGCCCGGCUAGCAUCGGGAUCGGACGAUGAAACUGUCAAGAUUUGGGAUCCUGUAACAAGCGAGUGUGUAGCGACGCUCGAAGGUCAUGAGGACACGGUCUACUCUGUAGCCUGGUCGCCCGGACCUGCCCGGUAA